CCCUCGGGGCGGGCCCGGUGGGCGGCGACCCCAGCGUUCCUGCUCCCGGGGCCUCAGACCUCUCGGGAGAGCGCGGCGCAGCGCAGAUUAAAAUCAAGAAACAUAAACCAGAAGCUGCAGUUUCUUGACAUGGAGAACCAAGCCAGUAAUACAAUGGGAGCUUCUCCUUGUGAGGCCGAACUUCAGGAAUUAAUGGAACAAAUUGACAUCAUGGUAAGCAACAAAAAGUUGGACUGGGAAAGGAAGAUGCGGGCUUUGGAGACACGAUUAGAUCUUCGGGAUCAAGAGUUGGCAAAUGCACAAACUUGUUUGGAUCAGAAAGGUCAAGAGGUGGGGUUACUUAGACAGAAGGUGGACAGUCUGGAAAAAUGUAAUUUAGCAAUGACUCAGAAUUACGAAGGACAACUACAAACCCUAAAAGCUCAAUUUUCCAAACUGACAAAUAGCUUUGAGAAACUGAGACUGCACCAGAUGAAACAAAGUAAAGUUCGGCGAAAGGAAUUGCUGCACCCAAAAGAAGAAAUACCCUUUGAACUGAGCAGUUUGAACCAGAAGUUAGAGGAAUUUAGAGCAAAGUCAAGAGAAUGGGACAAGCAAGAGAUACUGUAUCAGACUCAUCUGGUUUCUUUAGAUGCUCAACAAAAAUUAUUAUCUGAGAAGUGUAAUCAAUUUCAGAAACAGGCACAAAGUUACCAAACUCAACUAAAUGGUAAAAAACAGUGCAUAGAAGACAGCAGCUCAGACGUUCCUCAGUCGAUAUGUGAACUGGAUCACGGCUGUGAAGCCAGUGAAAAAGAUGAGUUCAUUAUUGAAAAAUUAAAAUCAGCUGUGAGUGAAAUAGCAUUAAGCAGGAAUAAGUUACAGGAUGAAAAUCAGAAGCUUUUACAAGAACUGAAAACGUACCAAAGACAGUGCCAGGCCAUGGAAGCAGGACUCUCAGAAGUGAAAAGUGAGUUACAGUCACGUGAUGAUCUCUUGAGAAUUAUAGAAAUGGAACGAUUACAGCUGCACAGGGAAUUAUUAAAAAUAGGAGAAUGCCAAAAUACUCACGAAAAUAAGAAAAGACAUGAAUCAUCUUACUCACCUGCUAAAGAACCGGAAAGGAAAAGGAAAGAGUUGUUUUCAGUGACCCUAGAUCAGCCAAAUCAUGAAAAAGAAUUGAACAAGAUAAGAAGCCAACUCUCUCAGGAGGAGGAGUGCCAGGGUUCUGAGCAGGAAAGAAUGAGGAACGAAAUCUCGGACCUAACAGAGGAACUUCAUCAGAAGGAGAUCACUAUAGCAACUAUCAUGAAGAAAGCUGCCUUUCUGGAAAGACAGUUAAAAAUGGAGUUAGAAAUAAAAGAAAAACUGUUAUCAAAACAGCAGAUCUCAGACAUGAGAUAUAAAGCUGUCAGAACUGAAAACACACACCUGAAAGGGAUGAUGGGAGAUUUGGACCCCGGACAGUACAUGACAAGUGAAAUUACUGAUAUUAAGAGUUUGGACUUCACUAACAGGGCACACUCGAGGCAUACAUCUAUUAACAAACUGGAAUAUGAGAAUGAAAGGCUCCGAAAUGAUCUUGCAAAACUUCGCUCCAAUGGCAAAGCAGCGUGGGCCGAUCAAAACACCUACGAAGAAAUGGGACAGUACACCUAUCAAAACCAAAUAAAAAUGGAAAAGAAUGAAGAUAGACUUAGCCGAGACCGGGAGCCAAACAGAAGUGCAACACCGCCACUGCCCCCUUUGCCAUUUCAAACCAAAGAAAUGACAAGCCCCCUGCUUAGUGAUGACGAAGUGUUCCCACUGUCUCCCCCAGAUAUAGUCUUCCCAGCCUCUUUGGCUACACAGCAUUUCCUUCUGGAGGAAGAGAAGCGAGCGAAAGAAUUUGAAAAACUUCUAAAUACACAUAUUGAUGAACUGCAAAGACAUACAGAAUUCACCCUGAAUAAAUACACCAAGCUAAAACAAAAUAGACACAUGUGAACUUUUAAACUCUUUUUAUUUGCUUCCCCCACCCCAAGGGAAAAAAAAGCUCUGGCAAAAUAUUUACAAAGCUGAAUAAUGAAACUGAGAAAUUUUGUUCUGUUUUCAUGAGUAAAUCAUUUCUGUUAGGCAGCUAGAAAAUAGGUAUUUUGUUCGAUAAAGCUGUUUGUAUUUCUGCACUAACCUAAUAAAUUCUUUGACUGUAGAGUUACUAUAAACAGGACUACUCCAAAAGACAUUUUUUUCCAGUCUAUGGAAUAUUUUGGAAUUAAAUAUGGAGUUUUUUCCCCCACAAAUCAUGUAUACUGAAAACCCAUUUCCUCUGUAACAAUACAAAAUGAGGGAAAGGGAAAAUGCUGCAUUUCAAAUAUCCAGGGCAGCUCAUUUGUACUAGGUUUGAAAACUCAAGAAUUUUUCCAAAUGAAAAACCUUAUUUUGAGCUAUGUAAACAUCCAAACAUUGCUUUUAGGGAAAAAAAAAAAAAGCAUAGCUUUACCGGUUCUACAAUUAUCUUUGUAAUGUCUCUCUGUUUUAACACAACUAAGACAUGGAAACAUCUGUUUACACAUUUGAAAUGUACAUUCCAGCCAGAGAUUAGUGCUUUCCUGUUAGCUCUACUUACUUCAUGGACAUGAACGAGAUAAAGAAGAUGUAAAACACUACUGCUGUUACACCCUUCCUUGUAAUACCUCUGUUUUUAAUACAUAAAGCGAUAUGAAAUUCUGUGAAUGAAAACUUAAAUGCCAAAUCUGUAUGCAACAGUUAACAACGUGGUAGUGGACAAUAAAAUUUAAGUUACAAAUA